AUGACGGUGACGGUGCUGCUGCUUAUACUGCUGUGUCAUGCUGUAUGCAAGUCACAUUUUAUUAAUUGCAGCAUUCGUGAUGAUCUGCUCUCUAUUCCUCAUGAAUUUUUCCAGCCAGGGGACUUUGUGAUUGGUGGGAUUGUUUCUCAAGUCUUCUAUGUCUAUGAUUUACUUUCUCUCUUGGAGCAGCCUACACAUAUUGUGACUCAUAAACCUAUCAUACGUGAUGACCCUCUUCCUAUUCCUCAUGAAUUCUACCAGGCAGGGGACCUUGUGAUUGGUGGGAUUGUUUCUCAAGUCUUCUUCUUGUAUAAUGUACUUUCACUCCUGGAACAGCCUACACAGAAUGUGAUUGGUGAAUCUAUCUGUAACUUACAUUACAGUUCAGUGCCCAAGAACUAUCAGCACAUCCUGGCCUUAGCCUUUGCUGUAAAAGAGAUAAAUGAGAACCCCAACAUCUUACCAAACAUUUCUCUGGGAAUCCACAUUCUUAAUAGCUACUACACUGCUAGGAUGACCUAUAAGGCCACUCUAAAUCUGCUUUCUAAACAGCAAAUAUUUUCUCCCAACUUCAAGUGUCAGAAUCAGAAUAAUCUGGUAGCUGUUGUUGGAGGAUGCAUCUCUGAAAUCUCUGCCAACGUGGCCAUCAUUUCAGCAAUCCACAAGACACCACAGAUGGUCCCCAAUGAAGCCCAGCAGCACAAAGGACUUGUCCAGUUACUUCAGCAUUUCAGAUGGACCUGGGUUGGGCUUUUUGCCGUGGAUGAUGACAAAGGGAGUAGGUUUUUACAGACAAUAGUGCCAAUGCUUACCCAGAAUGGCAUCUGUUAUGACUUCAUAGUAAACAUUCCAAAAUGGAGUUAUAUGGAUGAGAUGCUAGACUGGUUUUUAAAACACUUGGAUGCCUAUCUCAUUAUGUUUGAAAGAAAGGCCAAUGUAUUCUAUGCAUAUGGGGAACCUUCAUCCUUUCAAGUUCUAAUAAUGAUGUUGUUUCUAGCACCCUUUGUGGACUUGCCCUCUCUAGGAAAAGUGUGGAUUAUUACAUCCCACUGGGAUUUUGCAUCACACUCUAUUCAGAAGAUUUGGGAUUUACAAACCUUCCAUGGUUCCAUAUCCUUCACGGUUCACUCAAAUCAGCCAUUGGGAUUCCAAAAUUUCCUUCAGAUGCUAAGACCUUCAUGGUUCCAAGGAGAUGGUUUUAUCCAGGACUUUUGGGAACAGGCCUUCAGUUGUUCAUUAGAAAUGUCUAAUGGGCAGCAUCAGGAAAGGAAAUACUGCUCUGGAGGAGAGAAGCUGGAGAAUCUUCCUGGGACCUUGUUUGAAAUGGAAAUGACUGGCCACAGCUACAAUGUCUACAAUGCUGUCUAUGCUGUGGCUCAUGCUUUGCAAGCCGUUUACAAAUCCAGUUCCAAAGAUAUGGCUGCCUGUGUGAAAUGUCCAGAAGAUGAGUAUCCCAACCAUGACCACACCCAAUGCAUUCCCAAGGUCCCAAGCUACCUCUCUUAUGAAGAAAAUUUAGGGCUCGUCUUAGUUAUCUUGACUAUUUCUUUCUCUCUGAUCACAACAUUCGUACUUGGGACUUUUAUGAAGCACAAUAACACUCCCAUAGUCAAAGCCAACAAUCAGACUCUGACCUACAUCCUCCUCAUCUCCCUCCUGCUUUGUUUCCUCUGCUCCUUUCUCUUCAUUGGACAGCCUCAAAAGGUGACCUGCCUUCUCCGACAAAUCACUUUUAGCAUCAUCUUUUCUGUGGCCCUUUCCAGUGUUUUGGCAAAAACCAUUACUGUGCUUCUGGCAUUCAUGGCAACCAAACCAGGAUCAAGUAUGAGGAAAUGGAUAGGGAAAAGGCUGGCAAAUUCUAUUGUCCUUUUCUGCUCCUGUAUUCAGGCUUGCAUAGGUACUCUUUGGUUAAGUACAUCCCCUCCAUUCCCAGAUAUGGAUAUGCACUCACUGCAUGGGGAAAUCAUACUUGAAUGUAAUGAGGGUUCAGUGGCCAUGUUUUAUGGUGUCUUAGUCUAUAUGGGUUUGCUGGCCAUUGUCAGCUUCAUCUGGGCUUUCCUGGCCAGGAAGCUACCUGAUAGUUUCAAUGAGGCCAAAUUUAUCACUUUCAGCUUGCUGGUGUUUUGUAGUGUUUGGUUGUCCUUUGUUCCCACCUAUCUGAGCACCCAAGGAAAAUACAUGGUAGCUGUGGAGAUCUUUUCCAUCUUGUCUUCUGGUGCUGGAUUACUGGGUUGCAUCUUUUCCCCAAAAUGCUACAUUAUUAUAUUCAGACCUGAGCUUAACACCAGGGAAAUACUAAUCAGCAGAAAAAAGUAAAAGAACAUGAAUGCAUCUGUUUUUUGUUUGUUUGUGUAUGCAGUUCAUUGGAAAUGCUGGUGGGAGGGAUGUCAUAAGAAUUCAGUUAUGGGUCCUUGCUUAAGCAAACAUCUGUCCUUAAAUUCUUGUAUGUAGAGUUUGGCCAGAAACAUUGCAUUUAUAUUUGGUUCUCACUUAAGUUUGCUAGCAUCCCUUGCAUUUGAAUCCUAGAUGGAAUGUGUAUGUAAUUUUCAAACUCGUAUGAUUCAUUCUUGUGCUGGUCCCAAACAUUUAAAUUACUAGGAACAAAUCUCUCUCUCUCUGCCUGUGUGAAAUGUUUAGGGGUACUCUCAUUUUUCUAUUCAUAGUGAAAUACUGUCCCUCA